GGUGGUUUAGGACUUUCAAUUGUAUAUAACCCAUAAUAAUUAUUCAGGGAUUUUAAAUGCCUAUACGGCUAUACGUCAUUCCAUUUUAUCGUUAAAACGGUUUAAAUAGACAGUAAAAACUAAGAACAAUAAAUAGAUUAAGUUACUAUGAAAUAUGAAUAUGAUUGUUGUCAGCUAAUAAACAACACGAAUACCAGAAUACACGAUAACACUAAUAAUUAUUUUCAUACUGGUUUCUCUACUUGGUCAUUCUAUAAAUACAUUUUAGGAAUAACCCUAGUAUCAUACUUAAUACUACUUACCACCACCCGCAAAUCGAUAAACACGAUAAUAAUAAGAAUUGUUUGCCAUUAUGGCAUUAUGUAAUAUGUAUUUAUUUAAUUCCAUGAUGCAUUCUCGUCGUGGUCUCGUGGAAUAAUCAUUAUUUACCAUAUUAUUUCAGUUAAUUUAAGUUUCUGUGAUUUGUAUUUAGUAGUUACGUACUCGAAGUCACUAUGGCUUAUUCCACUAUUGUUUAAGUAUGAGUUGUAUUUGUGUAAAGUGUAAAUUAAAUUGUUAAAUUUUCAUUAGCUAGUUUUUACCUCAAUUUAUGAAAUUAUUGUUUCGUUAAUAUUGUUAUAUAUAAUCAAGUUUUUAAUUGGACAUUUUAAACCAUAUUUUAUUAUUAAAAUGUCAAAUGAAAUAUGUAAUGUAUGUAAAAGAAAACGAGAAACCCUAAAUGCGACCAAUUGGACUCGACAUAUUAUGUCUUGUAAAAAAAAGAGACUUUCAUCAGGUCAAAGUAUAAUGUCAUUCUUCAAACAGAAGCCUUCUACGUCUACUGAUAUAGUUAUUGUUGAACAAGAAACAUUAAACACCAAUUCAAAUUCCGUGGCAUCACCAAAUCAAACUUUUGAUGAAGUCAUUAAAAACAUUGAAGUUAUACAUGAUAAUUACAUAACUGCAGGGUUUAAUGAAAAAAUUCAAACUGACAACUCAGAUAUGAUGGAAAUUGAAAAUAAUUUAUUGCCAAGUUCAAGUAUUGCAGUACAUGUAGAUGAUGCACCCAAAACAGAGGGGUUUAAUGACAAAAUUCAAACUGACAACUCAGAUGUGAUGGAAAUUGAAAAUAAUUUAUUGCCAAGUUCAAGUAUUGCAGUACAUGUAGAUGAUGCACCCAAAACAGAGGUAUUUGCAAAUGAUCCAGCGUCUAUACCAUUAGUUAUAUCGGAUGAAAUGUUGCAUUAUUAUAUGUCCCUUGGUCCUUGUCAGCCAAAUGCUAAUGAUUUAUUAAAUAAUACAUUUCCCAAGACAUAUGAAGAAAGUGGUCAUAUUAGGUCAUUUAAUGAAUGCUAUUAUUAUAAAAAAAAUACUGAUGGACAGCUUAUACAUAGGUAUUGGCUAUCAUAUUCACCAUCUUUAAAUCGAAUAUUUUGUCUAACCUGUAAGCUUUUUGGUUUACCUGAUACAAAAAAAUUGUUUUUAGUAAAAAAUGGAUCUAAUGAUUUUAAAAAUAUUACACGGACUUUGUCAAACCACGAAUCUUCACCAGAUCAUAUGCAAAGUGUAAUAGCACAUGGAUUAUAUAUAAGAAAUGACCGAAUUGAUCUGAAACUCAUUGAAAAUGCAAAUCGUCAGGUGGCUGACAAUCGAGAACUUUUAAGACAGAUUAUUGAUGCCCUUAUUUAUAUUGGAAGACAAAAUAUAUCUUUAAGAGGUCAUCGUGAAGGCAUUGAUUCAAAUAACAGAGGAAAUUUUUUGGAAUUAGUUAAACUUUUAUCAAACAAUCAUGGUCCUUUGAAACGCCAUAUAGAACAAAUUGAAGGUAAAAAAAAAAUCGACUAACUUUUUUGUCUAAUGUCACCCAAAAUCAUUUAUUAAACAUUAUAUCAGAAGUAAUAAGAUUUAAAAUAUUAAAUGAAGUUAAAAGAUCUGGACAGUUUGCUGUGAUAAUUGAUACAACGACUGAUGUUAGUAAUUUAGAACAAUU